AUGUCAGUUCUGGCUAUCGCAAUCAAUGUCGCGCAUGGUGCACCUGUCAGCUGGGCACACCAUUUCUUUACGACAACGUACACCAGCGUUGGCAUGAUACCUGUUCGUGAGCCUUAUUAUCCUCCGGGAGGAAUGGAAAUUCCUGCCUCUAUGGAUGCAGUCCAACCUCAUAUUAAUGUUCCGAACGCAACAGCAGGCCAGCAAGAGCAAACUCAGGGUCCUCCACCGCUGAGGCGCCACAAUAUGGUACAGUACCAGCUGAAUACGAACCUGAAAAGACAACUUUCAAACUUUACGCUCCUCAAGUUCUUAGAAUUUUGCGAGCUGGCUGGUGCGAGGUCCAAACUACAUGACAAAGAGUAUUGGCAAAAGGUCAGCGAAGACUACUUUACUCCCGAAGGAACUAUUUCUUUUGUGCUGAAAAAGGACAAUAAAAGUUCGGACACACCAAAUGGAGGUCCUGAUUCUAUCCCACAGUUACGGCAUUUUGAAAUGCUUACCAGCCUGAUCCCUCAGUUUGUAACCGGGUGGAUUAGCCCAGGAGUGGAGUCCGUGGACAUUUUUCCCCUGUUGAUUAAGGUUGAAAUUUUAGCCAAUGGGUCGACGUACAUUGAAAGCCGGAAGUUUUGUUUAAAGUAUACAUUCAAAGACGGGUCACAUUUUGAUAUCACAGGUAUCGCUAGGGUGGUGUACAAUCAACAGCUGAAAAUUGAUCUGUUCGAGUUCCAGGAUGUUGAAACUUCAAGAGCAGUUGAUCUGAAAUCACUUUAUAGUACCUUUGAAAAAUGUUUGAAGCGCAGUACAAUAGAAAGCGGGAAGGCUGAGAGACACAAUGACUUGGAAACAGAAUCUCAGCUCAAUUUACCCUUUGCACUGGAGGAAGAAGUAUUAAGCAACAAGCAAAGCUCAAUGAUAAAAAUGAUUGCAGAUGAAGUUUUAAAUGCGAGUGGUCAGAAUACACUUGAUAUGGACAAAAAGUUUCAUUCUUUGUUGCAGUUAUAUGAUACUUUCAGCAUCAUGUCAACUUUGGUUGAGUUCUCAACAGCAAAUGGUAUUGCUUCCCCACUAGAAUCGUUAGACACGUUUCUGAACCUAAAUAAACAUAUACUCAAGGAGAGCAGUGGGCCUCCUGCUAAAAGACCUAGAACGUGA